AUGACAACCAGUUCUUCAUCUACAUCUUCAUCAUCUACUUUACCAACAACUAUUUAUUUAUCACAUUAUAUACAUAAACUUAUUGUUAAUCUAUUUAUUAAAGAUGAAUGUUCAAUCAAAGCAAAUAGAUUAAAAGAGUGUACAUCCAAACCAUCUCUAUUGCAAAAGAAAAAGUACUCUAAUCCAAUCGUAGAGGAAAAGGCAUUCGUCACCAACAAUGAGUGUCUAUUGUUCUACAUGGGUACCAAUGAUAGGAGAUACAACUGCAACGAGGUAGACGAGUCAAAAGAGUUUGAGAGAUUGUACAAUCAGUCAGUGUGGAGGCAGUUGGCAUUGGUGUCAAAGAGUUGGUUUCAAAUCGUUCAGCAAGCAGUCACAACUUGGUACAUGAAGGAUUUAGAUCAUUCAUUUAUCCAACCAAUAGAAUCAAACCACUCAAUAUACAGUAAACAAUACAUUCAAACAAUCAUGUGGAAACCAAAACAACAAGAGAUAAAAGUAUACACUCAACAACAAAUUGAAUUAUUGGACUCUUUUACAAGUCUCAGAAGAUUGGUUAUUCAAACAAAACUAGACAAGUCAUUAUUGGCAACAUUGAAAUCAAUCUACAAUAGGUAUCCAUCAAUUACAAUAGUAGAUGUGGAUAUGACAUUAGUAUAUGAUGACGACGACGAGGAAGAAGAGGAAGAGGAAAAGGAUCAAUUAAUUGACAAAGGUAGAAAUGAUAUUGUAUGGGAUGAAGAUACAGACAGAACAAUCAAUUUCAACCUGUCAUUAAAUACAUUCUAUGAUGGAAGAUUGGAAACAAUCGAUCUACUAGCUCAAUUAAAACCAAUUUAUUUUAAUUGUACUGCCAAGUCAUCAAUGUCAUUUCAACCGUUGUUUGAAAGAAUCAGGUCCCUCCAACAUGUACAAAUACAAAACUGUAACAUAUCUUUGAAAGAUCUCAGUAGUGUACUGCUUACAAAUCCAAAUAUCAAGUCUCUUCAUAUUCAAUUGCUACUGUGCCACGUCCAAUAUGACUAUUCCGAUUAUCAUCAUCAUGUGUGUCGUUCAUCCCCACCCGCCGUAAAGGAAGGGAAUCGUUUAAAGGAUUGGGAAGCAUUUUGUAGUACACUUGCCAACAAUAACACACUAAAGACCCUGUGUAUUGGGAAUACAUGUAAAACAUUCUCUGCCAAUGCUGUGCUUUCGACACAGUUUCAAUCGGUCUGGACCAACCCCAAUAACCAAGUAGAUAUGUUGGCACUCUAUUCUUUACCAGUCCUCAUUUGCCAUGGGUUAUUCGUAUCACUCUCUCAAAAUACAAUGGUAACCAAAUUGUUUUUGGAACGUGGGACCUUGCGUCAAGUCUACUUGGAAGAUUUAAAUGUAUUGUUAGAGACCAACACUAGUAUACGUGUAUUAUCGAUAGCAAACAAUCAAAUCAGAGCAUCAAAGGCAUUGUCGAGUGGGCUACUCGCCAACAAGUACAUCACCAGUUUAAAUAUUGCAGGCAAUAGAUUCAUUAGUGGUGGAACUGAUAUGUUUACUGCCAUGUUGGCCAAUGAUACUGUGGAAUACUUGGUUGUCGAUGACGAUAUGGUUGUAUACAACCCACAAUACUUUAUUCAAUCAAAAUCAUUGAUCAAAUUUACAGUUGCUAGUAAUAUGGUUGGCAGAUUUUCAUUCAAUCGUUAUACAAUUGAUCGUUUUUUCAGUUAA